CACCCACUACUUGCUGUGCAAAGAUGGCCACAGGAGUAGCAAGGUUAGGAUUGUGUGGCUAUGGACGGGCUGGUCUCUUCCACUUCACCAGCAUAAGAGGAAACCCGAGGGUAACCCUCAGUCACGUGAUUGAGGACGAGUCCAGACUUGAGAUGGUAAGAGAAAGACUCUCAAAGCACAAUUUAGAUCACGUGACAGUGUCUUGUCCAAAGGAUUUCAAAGAGAAGGUCCUAUCAGAUCCGCAGCUAGAUGCACUAGUGAUAGCAGCACCUACCCACACGCACGAGUGGUAUGUACUGGAGUCACUGAGGGCUGGGAAGCACGUGUUUUGUGAGAAACCGGUAGCGGACUCCCUCGAGGUCAUUCAGUCCUGCUACAAGCAAGCAAGCAGAUCAAACCUUCUCCUAUUCUGCGGCUUUAAUAGAAGAUUUGACUCUGGUUUCUACAAUGCAUGGAGGAGACUGAGAGAGGGAGAAAUAGGACGCGUGUACACCAUUAAAACAACCUCGCGUGAUCACCCCAACCCACCCAUCGAGUACUUGCUGUCCUCCAAAGGAAUAUCGCAUGAUUCGGCUAUUCAUGACAUUGACAUCAUUUGCUGGAUGAUGGGGGAGGAGCCUGUGGAAGUCUAUGCUCAAGGCCAGGCCCACAAUCCUAGAUUGGAGGGGAUUGAUGUUGAUGUUAUUAGUAUUAUGUUGAAAUUUCCAAGUGGUGCCAUAGGGAAUAUCGAGGUCUCUCGAUAUAGUGAAGCUGGAUAUGACCAGAGACUGGAAAUUCAUGGCGAAAAGGGUGACCUCUUUGUCACGAAUCCCCCUAGAAAACCAGUGACAGUUGCAGCACAAAAUGGAGUCACUUCAUCCCAGUACUUCCAUUCAUUUGAUUCGAGAUACAAAGAUGCUUAUAGCAGUGAAAUGGAUCAUUUCAUUGACUGUGUUCUUGAUCCUAACAGUCAACUACUAGUGACAGGAGAAGAGGUAGUCAGAGCUUGUCGUGUUGCAGAUGCAGUUGCCAGGUCUUUACAAAGUAAAAAACCUGAAAAACUAUAGCUACUUGAAAAUGUGCAAUUAGAUAACCCCUAAUUUUAUCAUCUUCUAUUUGUUGAAAAUUUUA